AUGUCACAAAGCAUAGGUGCACAAUGCAACGAUCUCAAAAAAGAAUACGAUACAUGUUUCAACAAAUGGUACUCUGAAAAAUUUCUCAAAGGAGAUUUACGACCAGAAUGUGAAGAAUUGUUCGAAAAAUAUAGGGCCUGUGUCUUGAAUGCCGUAAAACAAAAACAAAUUGACAAAUUGUUGGUUGAAGCACGGAAAGAUGAUCCAUUCACCUCUACUUCAGGAAAAUAA